AUUUAGAUGUACCCAUUAUAAACAAUGAGACGCUAACUUCCCUAAUAGGAACUAUAAUGUCGACCGUAGCUUAUUUUUAUGAUCCUGAGGUCGGAAAUUUUCAUUAUGGUGAGUUUGCUAAAAAUUAUCCUUUGAAAUAAAGAUUUAGUAUUUUUAAAAUGUCAAAAUAGAUCCCUAUGGGCCAUUAAAUUGUAAUUUGUUGAUAUAAUUACCUAAUAUCGAUAGGUCCUCAACGUCCUACUUUAAAAAUUGCUUAAUUUAAAUAAGGGCUUUAUUUUUUUACUUUAGGACUAGCAUUUUCCAUCAGGUAAAUAGAGAGGAAGUUUUUAAUUUAUUUCACUAGAAAUAAUUUCUUGUGCUAAAAUAAAAAUUGCCAAUUAGUAUUAGUAUUACUAAAUUACGAGGCCUAGACUAGGUUCUUCGAUGAAACAAGGGUGACUACUACUUUGUGUUUAUUGGAAAUGGGAAUCGGCACCGAAAAAUCCGAGUGUUUUAAUUUUCCGAUGUGUGUGUCUAUUUAUUAUUAAAUGAGUACUUUCGACAUAUAUUUGAGUUCUGUUUUUGGCCUUAUAAUUUGGAAGACAUCUUGGCCUACAUUUCCAUCCAACUAUUUUGCCUUUUUCAGUCGACCUUUAUUUUGAAAAUCUUUGGUAUAUAUACAGCAUUUUUGCAUACAAAAUUUUUUGUGAAUUAAUAAUAAGAUAAGGUCCUUUUUUAUUAAAUCUGUAAAAGCAUUAGAUAAUGAUCUAUAUCUGUGCCGAUUCUCAUUGAUGUAGGUCGUGUCGGGCGUUUGUUACGAGUGUCCAAAUGACCCAUAUCACCAUAAGGUCGCUCAACCUAAUUUCGACAUGUGGGCCACGCCCCUUUUUUAAUGGCGGAAGUUGCCGAUACUUAGGAAAUAUUUAAUUAUUACCAUUAUAUACAUCAAAAUAUUUGAUAACUUGUGUUUCAGAAUGCAUUUUGAAGACAUUUAAACUGGAAUGUUUUAAUUUGAGCUUUAAAAACCUUGAGUCCAUAUCAUAAAUCAGUGGUCUCCAAAUGGCGGUCCGUGGACCUUCACCAGUCCGCAUGCCUUACGCUGCCGGUCCCCAUAACAUAAAUAUUUAUUGUCAAAUAGAAAUAGAAGUAUAAAAAUAAAUCAUGCACCGGUACCUGGUAAAAUUUCGAAACUUGUUCACCGGUCCGCCAAACUUAAAAGUUUGGGACCCACUGUCAUAAAUGAUCCCAAUUUUCUGUGUGCAACAAGUAGUCAUGGGCAACCCUUCUCAUUCACAGCCACUUGCAUAACGGCUAUAUCGUAGUACUAUCUAAGAGUUUCAUUCAUAAGAGUUUGCAGUGUGCAAAACUAUUAAACCAUUGGUCAGGAAAGCUUUAAUUAAUUAUUCAUGUGCCAAAGUUGAAAGUUUAAAAUAAGUCGACCCUAAACAGUACUUUAGUGAUAAGGGGAUGCGUUGCCUUAUAUAAACUAUAUAGUCAAUUUGCAUGACGUGAUCAGCGGAAUGAGGUCACAGAAACUGGAGAUGCAGUCCAUGUUAAAAAAGGACAAACCAAGUCGUACUUAAAAAAUUCAUAACUUUAAAACUACAACAGCUAAAAAUAUGAUUUUGGUGUUGUAAUUCUGUCCAAAAAUUAGCUGUAUUCAACUAUGCCAUUGGUUUAUUUUUACAAAAUGUUUAAAUUUUUGACCAAAGUACCUACCUAGACUAACCAAUUUCAAAUAAUUUAGAUUCAGCCCGUGACGUCAUUUGUGUGUUUAUUUUGUUGCAGUGAAUUAGGGUUUAGGUUAGAUUGAGGGAUCGAUUCAGGGUUCAGGUUAGGCAUAGGGAUCGAUUUAGGGAUAGGUUUAGUGACAGAAUUAACUGGUUGUGUCAACCAAGAUGGCGGAAACCCCGGGACGAUCUCUCAGAAUUUACCAAGUUAAAAAAUAAAAAUAAUAAAAAAUCAGAAAGUCUAAAGUAAAGUUGUAUUUAUAGAGCAUCAAAUAAAAAUUGAAGCCAGAAUAAUAAUGCUAAUAAUACUAUGAAUAUUUUUUAUUUUGUUUAGAAUUUGUAUUUUUUUUUUUACUUUGACUGAGACAUGUCUAAUAACUAAUAAUGGGCAUGGACUGAACCUCCACAUUUUCUUACCUGAUUCAGCUGAUCGCAUUAUGUGUUAUGUACUCUUGAAUAAAUAAACUUUUAUUUUUUAAAAUAAUUUUAACACUUUUUAUGCAAUUAUAAAUAAAUUGUAACUUAUCUAGCUAUGUAAAAUGUGUUAUCAGCAAAUUUAAUAAAUAAGAGAUGGCUGUUCUGUUUACUGUAACCAAGUCUAAAGCAUCAUAUGUAUAUACACUGCUAAAGACAUAGAUUUUGAACUUCUUCAACUUCAAACAUUAUUUAGAGAAAGAUGCCUUAUAAAUAUACCCACGAAUUUCUUAAAAUUAGGGUCGAUUGAUAAGGCAAAAACUUACAUUGGAAAUGUAGGCCAUGAUGUCCUCUACUGUGAAUGUGUGGAUGGAUACCACAAUUUUAUGACAAAAUAAUCUAUUCAUUAGUGAAAAAGCACUAAUGUCUAAAAAUUAAUGGCUCAGAUUCUUCUGUGCUAACAUCCAUGUCACUUACAAAUUUUGAAGUAGUCUCCAUUGCUUUACCAGAGUGCCUCCCAUCAAUGAUCAUCAUGGAUAACCUUAGCUUAGAAUUAAAUGCCAGGAUAUGACCUAUGGUAUUUUCUUUACGGGAUUCCCUACCAUUUUUAAAAAAAAAAAAACGAAUAGAAACUCACCGUUGUUGCAGGGCCUGUCUGUGGUAAAAGUGGGGCCCUAAGUAUAAUUAAUAUGAUCUAAACAUAAUAAAAUUUCACCUUUUUAAAUUAGGACCCGGCCACCCAAUGAAGCCUCACAGAAUAUCUCUCACACACAGUUUGGUAUUAAGAUAUGGGCUUCACAAGAAAAUGAAGGUAAGGAAUAAAUAAACUUGUCUUUCAGUCAUGGGAAAAUUGUGAAGAAAGCUCUGGUUUAGACUAGUUAUAAAAUACAUAAAAUAUCCAGAUCGCAGUCAACGGUACAAAUCAAAUAAUCUACAACACUCAUAUAUGUAUUGAUUCUCUUGAGAGACAGUUUGUGCGAGGUAAUCUGUGUAACCACCCCACCAGAUAACAAGGUGUGUUAGACAGGCAAACGAAAAACUACUAUGUAUUUGUUUUUUUUUUGUUUAGUUUAAGUGCUUUAUUCGUGUUAUCGUUGGCUAUGGUUCGUUGGAGACGUGUAGAGCACAAGCGUUUUUUCCUGUCUGUUUUACACAGAAAAUCACCCUACAAAUAGAAAAAAAUCCCAACUGUAAUGACAAUAAAAAAUAAAUAUAUUAAUGCUAUCUGGAAAUUAUUUCCCACCAAUUUAAUGAUAGUCUGUUAGAAUACAGAUUUCUUUAAUGUGACUAAAUAUGUGCUGACACUCACAAUAUUUAAUAAUAAUAAUAAAGAUUAUUUAAAAAUCACGCUUCAUCCCCAAAGGCUCGAAGCGCGGUACAUACCACAUUGAAGUACAAAAUUCAACAUUACAAAACUACAUCCAAGAAUACCCAUUCUAAGUCUUUCAUACUUUGCAACCAUAAACAACACAGGCCAAUAUACAUCUAAAAGCUAGAUAGACAUCAUCAGUUUGUGCAGGACAAGGUCUAUAGCUUUGGCACAACAAAUAAGGUGUUGAAACAGCUUUAUGCCAGAUCUCAUUUGUUUGUUUGCUUGGAGCUAUGAUUACCAUUUGAAGACAUUCCAAUGGAUAAACCAGUCUCACUGGAACUGGGAAAAAUAUACUACAUAAUUAAAGAUAUAGUUGAAGAGAAAUAGUUUAAAAAAAAACUAAUGUUAAUAAUUUUAUGCAAUAAAUUAACGAAGCUAAAAAAAAACCUCUUGGGAAAUCACAUGUAUAUGGGAAAAUAAUCCACGGGAUUGAAUGAAUAAGUUUUUAGCAACAGAAAUAAGAUAUUAGAAAACAUUUUGUAUUACAUGUAAUGCAAUUACUUUAAAAAUUUUUUUUAAAUUGCAGUUGUAUAGACCAUAUCAGGCUACAGAGAGGGACAUGUGUCGUUUUCACUCAGAUGAUUAUAUCAAUUUCUUAAGUUCUGUCACGCCUCAAAACGUACAGAAUCACACCAAAUAUCUUUCAGUUUACAAUGUUGGAGAAGACUGGUGGGUAUAUUUUCUCAGGUUGAGUUAAAGGGGCACUUAAGAAUAUUCUAUAAAAUUUGAUAUAUUUCAGACUUUUAACUGACAUAAUAAAUAAUAUAUAUUAUUUAAAUUAAUUAAAUCAAUGAUUUAUAUUGGUAGAUAUGAAAUUGAAAGCUAAGUAUUAACUUAUAUGCAGCGCCUCUUGAUUAGUCAACUUUCUCAUGGUUAAGACACAUGUUUCAUUUUCAGUCCUGUUUUUGAUGGCAUGUUUGAUUUCUGUAAAAUGUACACUGGGGCAUCAUUGGAAGGUGCAGUCAAGUUAAAUAAUAAUGUGAGUCACACGCUUAUUCUAAUACAGAAAAUUUAAUUAAAUUUUACUCUCAUAUUAUUUGAAUUUUUUUAUGUUUUAGAACUUUGAAUAAUGCAUUUUUGUCUAUUCCUGCAAUAGCAUUCAUGAAGCUUAAUGUUGACACAAGCCUGGAUUUUACUUGUUCUUGCUAUCAUUAUUGUUGUAAAGUUUACUAUGUUUGAAAGUUAUUUAUAUGAUGCUUGUCGUUUAUAUUUGGCUCAUACGUCUUCCUGCCUAUUCUUGUACAUAACAAAUGGCUGGCACUAAUUUUUUUACAGCAAUGUGACAUUGCCAUAAACUGGUCUGGUGGACUGCAUCAUGCCAAAAAAUAUGAGGUAAUUCUUUUUAUAUAUCUACUUUAAAGAUUAACUCAAUACCUAUAUACAAAAUUUUGUACAAAAUUUUAGUAUAUGUUGCCCUAGUUUUGGGUCAAAACACUUUAAUCGUUAACCUCCUAGUUUUUUUUUUUACACACUUUAUUGAAUUUUAUUGGACUUAGAGUAGGGCUUAGGAGCAAACAAGUAUUGAAAUUUCUGCUACUGGUAUUUUUUCUGCUGCUCCAGCUCAAAGUAUUUAUUGGGGAAGGCUUAGGAGGGUGGCUAGUUUCAUGAGACAAGAUAGGAGAGAUGGUGAGAAGUAAGAGGUUUAGGUUUUGAGAUAUACAAAUUAUAUUAUUUUUUCUUUAACCUUUUUCAGGCCUCUGGUUUUUGUUAUGUGAAUGAUAUUGUUAUUGCAAUCUUGGAAUUGUUGAAGUAAGAAUUGUGUCUUUGUUUGUUGAAGUAAGAAUUGUGUCUUUGUUUGUUGAAGUAAGAAUGGUGUCUAUGUUUGUUGAAGUAAGAAUUUUGUCUUUUUUGUUGAAGUAAGAAUUGUGUCUUUUUUUUGUUGAAGUAAGAAUUGUGUCUUUUUUUUGUUGAAGUAAGAAUUGUGUCUCUGUUGAAGUAAGAAUGGUGUCUGUUUGUUGAAGUAAGAAUUGUGUCUUUUUUGUUGAAGUAAGAAUUAUGUCUUUGUUGAAGUAAGAAUGGUGUCUUUGUUUGUUGAAGUAAGAAUGGUGUCUUUGUUUUUUGAAGUAAGAAUGGUGUCUUUGUUUGUUGAAGUAAGAGUUGUGUCAUUUGUUGAAGUAAGAAUUGUAUAAUUUUUUGAAGUAAGAAUUGUGUCUUUUUUCUUUUUGUUGAAAUAUAAAUUGUGUGUUUUGUCUUUUUGUCUAAUUUAACAAAUUAAUUUUAUUUUGCACUACCAGAAGGCUUUAUGUGGAUAAACUUAUACUUCCAGCAAAAGCGCAAAAGAAAGUUAAUUCAAUGCACGUGCACUGCUCAAUUAGUACAGAAUCUAGAAUACAACUUUUUUAUUGCUGAUCUUAUAAAUCUAUGGACAAAAUAAUAUUUGAACCAGUUUUCAUGUCUAAUUCCGUUUGGUGUACAAAAAAAAAAUAAAUAUAUAUAUAUAUAUAUAAAUUUGGAGUUAUACUUAUGGCUGGGGUUUUCAAAGCUUCUUUAAUUCUACCUCAGGUAUCACCCACGUGUUCUCUACAUUGACAUUGAUAUUCAUCAUGGAGAUGGUGUCCAAGAAGCCUUUUAUCUCACAGACAGAGUCAUGAGUGUUUCAUUCCACAAAUAUGGACAAUACUUUUUCCCAGGAACAGGUGGCUCAACAACUAAUCAUCAAGAUAUUAGUUUUAAUUUUAUUUGAAACAGAAUAUAUAUAUAUAUUUUUUUACCACUGUUAGUUGUUUGUUUUAACAUGAUAUUUUCCUAGCUCCAUGUUAAGUACAAUAGGCAGUGGAGUCUGCUUAAGUGAUAAGUCAGAAAACAAAUUAAUUUAGUUUAUUGUUUGAAAAAUUUUAAUAGUUCUACAAAAUUAAUCCAAAUGAUAUCAGUGCUAAAUUAGUUAAAUAAAACCAAAAACUCAGUGAUUUUCCUCUUAACAAAAUAAUUGUAUUUUCCAGGUGACAUGUAUGAAAUAGGAGCAGAAAGUGGCCGUUAUUACUCUGUCAAUGUCCCUCUCCUCACGGGUAUAGAUGAUGCAAGUAAGUAUAUGGAGUUCAAGGGUUAAAAGACGCAUUUCUGGUUUACCGUCUUCUGUGGGGUUCAGGGUCCAAUUAUUUUCAAAAUUGUUUUGUAAUUUGGAGUAGCUUUUCCUCAUUUAAUAUGGAUGACUUGAGGUUUAAUGUUUUAAACUGAUUCACUUCAAUUUAAAAACAUAUCUUCUUGAGAUUUUGUGAAUCUAGAUUUAAUAUACUUUGGUCUGUCAGCUGUCUUAUGUCACAAAAGUGUAGACAUCUAGCGUUUAAUCUCAGGCCAAGUUGUUGGCUGUCUUCUGUCUUUGAGGUUCGCUACCAUGCUGGGGCUACAAUUCUAGUCCACCAUACCCUCUGCUGGUCAUCUGCCCUGGUGGGGUAACAAGUCUAAUCCACCAUACCCUAUUAUGGUCAGCUGCCUUGCUGGGGUUACAAGUAUAGUCCAUACUGGACAUUGCCCAGAGCUAGGAGUGGCUCUUGACAGAUUUGAACCCAAUAACACCAAAACUCAUUUUUAGCACUUGCCAUUUGUUAGGUGUAUUUUUUGUUAAUGUGAACGCGCCACAUUGAAGACUUGAAUAUAGAACUUGGCUAAAGUUCCCUUAAAUUGUUCGUACUGUCAAAUAUGUGAAUGUUAAUACAAAAGUAGAAUUUGUUUCACUACCACUUAUUAGAAUGAUGUGUUCCAAGAGUGAUGUUCUUUUUUAUUAGAUAUAGAUUUUAACAUUGAUCAUGAUACUUUUCCUUCCUUGGUAGGCUACAUGCAAGUUUUCAAGCCUAUCAUUAGCAGUGUUAUGGAAUUAUAUAGACCAACAGCUGUUGUGUUACAGGUAAACUUCAUUUACCUUAAAUGAGAGUUUGGUAUUUUCUAUAUAAUUAACAGUAUAGGUUUAGAUUCUGAAAUUGCCUAUUUGGAAAUGCAACAAAGAUGUUUCUCUGAAUUUAGAAAUUGCAAUGAUUCAACCUUUUCUGCUUUAUGUAUUGCUUUUGUUAUAAAUUAAAAAAAAAAGUGGUUUGUUCCAGCUCUGAUGUAGUACAAUAAAAUAGCUCAUCUGUUAAACCAUCAUCAGUCCAGCUCUAUUUCUAAUUUGAGUUUAGCAAACUUUUCUGACAUUUAUCAUAGUUGAUGAACAGAUCAUUUAUAUUUAUGUGAUUUAAUUUCUGAAUUCUGCCUGGAGAUCAAUUUAGGUUUUUUUAAAAUUAAAAAUCUUUUUCUUUUUUUUUUUAGUGUGGAGCAGAUUCCUUGGGAAGUGACAGACUUGGGUGUUUCAACCUUAGUAUCAAAGGACAUGGGUACGUUUUAAUUGAAAUGUUUGACAUUUUAUGUCUGUCACUGUAAGUCAUUAUCUCGGCAUCCAUAUGGAAAUAGAAGAAGAAAUAAUAAAAUAAUUCUGUUUCCCCUCAUUACAUACAUUCCAUGUUGAAAUUAAUUAAUAUUAAAUAAAGGACUAAUAAAGUCAAAUGUAUAAUAAAUCAGCCAAAAAUAUUUGACAAGUGCUAGGUUAAUUACUUAAUCAUCAUAAUGGUAUAUAGAGUUGUCUUACAUAAAUGGUUGACAGUUUUAUCAAAUCUUCAUUUAUUUAUAUUUUCAAAUGGAAAAUUUGAAGAAAAAAAAAUAAUUCUUUUUUUUCAAACAGGGAAUGUGUAGAAUAUGUUAAGUCUUUUAACUUGCCACUGCUGGUUUUGGGAGGGGGAGGUUACACCAAGAGAAAUGUUGCUCGGUGCUGGACAUAUGAAACAGCUGUUUUGUUGGGAGAACAAAUCAGUAAUGAGAUUCCUUAUAAUGGUAAGUAGCUAUGUUAAGCAAUUCAAAUAGAACACUCUAUAUGGUUAGUUCCAAUAAAAAAUUUGAAAUGUCAAUCUAAUCUUAUUUAGCCCAACUAUUCAGUUUAAACAUUAAUGAAAAUAUCGAUUUUAAACCUGUCACAUAUUACACUUGUGUUUCAGAUUUUCCCCUUCCACCUAAAAUUAUAUAAAUAAUGGAUAAGUAUUUUGUGAACAUAUUUUAAAUGUUUUUAUAGACAUCAAAUUAUUUCAAAACAGAAUAUCUGGAGUAUUUUGGUCCUGACUUCUUAUUGCACACAGAAAUCUUCACAAAGCAGGAGAAUUUAAACACUAGACAGGUACAUUUUUGUGUAUUUCUGGAAAUUUGUUUGAAAGAAAUUUUGUCAAUGUAAAUUUGAUAGACAGAAAUUUGAUUGAACGGAAAUUUGGUUGAAUCUUUUUUUUCAGUUCACACAUUAAAAUUGAAAAUUUUAAUAAUUGGUGUUCUUUGCAGUAUCUGGAUAACAUAAAGACCAGUAUAUUGGAAAACUUAAAGAUGUUAACAGCAGCUCCCAGUGUCCAGAUGCAGGAUAUCCCAUCUGACUUGCUGAGUCUAGAGAACACAGAAGAGCCUGAUCCUGAUGUCAGGAACUCUACAGAUGACCUGGAUAAAAGGUGACUCAUAAUUCUCAGAGAGUAAACUAAAAAAAGGUUUUUUUUAAUGACAAGUAAAAUCUCAAUACCAGAUGAUUUUAAUCUUAUAUCAUGUUACAUUAGCCACAGUCAAAAAUUGAAAGAAUUGUUGGAUAGAACAUGUAAAAGUAUUUGAGCAAUAAAAUAAUGAUUAUAACUUUUUAGAAAAGCAGAAACAUUUUCUGGUAGUUGUUAGCUAGCAAAAUUAUUUUAUAAUACUUCUGAGCAGAAAUACAAUAUUUAAGAAAUCAUUUUAGAAACUAAAUAUGAGUUUUUAACAUUUUGAAUAAAAAAUUAACCUGGAAUGAGUCACCAAACGUAUUUUGUGACUUUGGAAACUUAAGAUCUCUGUUGUUUAGCCUUAUGUACAAAGUUAUUUCCCCUUGUUAAAAAAAACUUUUUAUAUGUUAAAACAGACACUACCCUGUUUACUACUAAUUAGUAAGCUUAAGUAAGAACAGAGCACUACUCUUUUUGUUAAAACAGACCACUACCCUGGUUUACAAGUUUAUUAAGCUUAAGUUAAAACAGAUCACUACCCUGUUUUUUACAAGUUAAAACAAAUACCCCAAACAGACCACUACCCCUUACAUACCACUUCCUUUAACAUACCACUACCCCGUUUAUUAAGCUGAACCCCAAUCAAGGACCCCAGAUGCCCAGCUGAUCAUAGACAUCCAAUAAUUCCUAUAUAUACACUCAACAACUCUCCACAGACACUCUAUAAUGUCCGACUGAUCAUAGACACCCAAUAAUUCCUAUAUAUACACUCAACAACUCUCCACAGACACUCUAUAAUGUCCGACUCGACUGAUCAUAGACACCCAAUAACUGAUCAUUGACACUCAACAACUCCUAAUAUGCACCCAAUAAUUCCUCAUAGUAAAGACAAGCAACAAAUCCCUAUAAAAUAUUUAUUUAAAUAAUAAACACUACAACAUAAAUUAAAGACAUGGAUUGAGAAGGUCAAAAAGUUAUUAUGAUAUUCUUAAUUGUGAAUACUUUUUAUUUUUCAGAAUUGAAGCAAACAAUGAAUUCUAUGAUGGUGACAAGGACAAUGACAAGGAAAAUGACGGCUUUCUUGAUGUCUGAUGUUUAGAGCAUCUUAAAGUCAGAUGUGAACAGUUGAACAAUGUACAAUCAUGUUAUUGAGUCUAAAUCUGACCAAGGCCAUCACUGAUCUCAGCCCAGAUCUGUUAGUGCUGUACCGUACACUUCUCACCGAUGGUUCAAGACAUUAACAUAUGCUGAUUGCAUUGUUUAAAAUACAACAGUUAAUUACAUCAUCUUUCAGUUUGUACAACACUGAGUAAAAGCGUUUUAUGAGAUUGGAAUGAUAUCAAAGUUAGCCGAGCAUUCACCAUUUAAUCUCAUACGUGACUUGUAAACACUUCACAGAGCUGCCACAUGUACUCAAGUUAUUUUAUGGAUUCAAAAAACCUGGCAAGCUAUUAUAUGGAUAGGAGGACAAGCUGGAAAGACUGAAUUAGAAUGAGUAUUACAUUUCACUGCUUAGACUUUUUUCAUAAUUCAUCAAGGAUGGAUACAAACGAAAUAUAUCUUGAGCACUGUAAGCCUUAGGAUAUGUGGAGACCAGAGCUCUUUAUGUGCUUUAGUGCCACAGAUGAUGAUGAAAUUCUAAGGAUGAAUGGGAGAAAUAUAUUCAAAGAAAUUUAAUGUGUUCCACAAAUGGAGAUGAGAUUUGACUGAAUGUCACAGAUAGAGAUCACAAAUAAAUUGAACACAAUAUAUAAUUUAAAUGACUUCAACUUAAACGUCUUAUUCUUGUUUAAACAUUCUAAAGUGUUUAAACAAAACCCUGACCGCCGACAAGGCGUUGUCUUAAAUUGUGUCAGCGCUUGUAGUGAGAAAAGAAAACUUAAACCAAACAAUCACGAGCCAAACAUUCAGAUUUAACGUUGGCAAAUCAUCUUUGGGCAUCAGGCUAAUGAACACAGGGAGAUCACUCUCAUGAAACUUAUUCUUGUUAAGUUUAUUUUCAUUCACAUGUGAAUAGUAAUAUGCUGGAUUUCUACGAUGUCUGGCAAAGGUUGAUGAAAAACCUAACAAGAUUUCAAACUAAUGAAAAUGUUACAAGAUGUCAUUUCAAACUAAUGAAAAUGUUACAAGAUGUCAUUUUAAACUAAUGAAAAUGUUACAAGAUGCAUUUUAAACAAAUGAAAAUGUUACAAGAUGCAUUUUAAACAAAUGAAAAUGUUACAAGAUGACAAACUGUUAAGCCCUCCCCACCCACAAUAUCAAUGUCUUACAAGGUGAUUUACACACAAUGCUGUUGGAAAUUAUCAAAUUAACCAAAGCUUAAGAGAAAUUUUCAGUCCAACUCAAAAAGUUUUGAUGUCAUAAGCAAUUAGUGAACAUUGGUAUGUCACUUUCAAUAUAGGCUUCUUAUCACUUGGAAAAAAAAAAUUGUAAACCAAAAAAAAAUAAAAUUAUGCCAUAAAAUUAGGCUAAUAUGUUCUCAGAAGUUUUUCAUAAAGUAUUACGGCCCGCCUUCCAUUUUGAAUUGUGCAGGCCUGCUCCACAUAAAAGAUCGAAUGUACAAGUAGUGAGCAUUUGGUUUUUAUAGCCAUUAUUAUAUUCUGUUUAUAAAUUUAAUUUAAAAUGAUAUGAUACUAUAUUCUUAUCAAAUAUUUUUUUUUAGCUACAACCACUGAAGACGUUGAACAAAUAGUGCAGGUAUAAUUGUUUAUGUCAUUGUAAUUUGGGCAACACAAAUAGAAAGUCUUGUCCCCUUCAAGAUUACAUUGAAAGCCGGCACCAUGUCCACCAAACUAUUUUUCACUGCGACCACACUGUUAACAGCCAUUAUUAUAUUGAUAUCUGACGUUCAUUCCAAAAAACCUGCCAGUCUUGAAUAUUGUUGCUAUAAUAUCUUGUGCCUGUGGAAUGUGACAAGUUGUAUAAUCUACAGUGUAAGACAUCAUCCAAGUUGAGAAGAGAUCUGGGCGACAUCAAAUACACAAAGUGUAACAUGUAUAGUUUAUCAGCCAUGAGCUUUCUUUAAAAAAAACAAACUCAUGCUUUUGAAUAAUUUAUGAGUUGUAUUAAAAAUCUAUUAAAAUUUCAUUACCAAUGUAUUAACAGUCACCAAAUUCAUAUUCUUGUAACAUGUAUAUAGUUAUAUAGACUGCUAGAGCCAACAUAUUUAGGAUAUGAGACCCUCUGGUUAAUUUGCUAGUGUUUGAUGUAUUUCUUAUUAUAAUGUAACAGAGUCUGAAUAAUUUUAAUUGUUGGUGUAAAUAUAUUUGGAUUUAAUAUGAAAAUUUUGCCUGUCUGUGCUUGUGUAAAGUCAUUGAAAUACAUUUGUGA